UUAGAUCUCUUUGCUUUACAAAUAUCAUCAUCAAUUAAGACAACCCUAAUAAAGCCAUCAUCAUCAACAACAACAACAUGCCUAGGGGUCGACCACUUUCUUUGCAGACUGUGGAACUCAAAGUAAGGAUGUGUUGCCCUGGUUGUGAGAGAGUUGUCAAAGACGCUGUCCUCAAACUUAGAGGGGUAGAUUCAGCAGAGAUCGAUGUAGAGAUGGAAAAGGUGACGGUAAUAGGAUACGUCGAUAGAAAAAAAGUGCUAAAAGCAGUGAGAAGAUCAGGCAAAAGGGCAGAAUUUUGGCCAUACCCAAAUCCACCACUAUAUUUCACAUCAUCAAAUAAUUAUUUCAAAGAUACAACAAUAGAGUACAAAGAAAGUUAUAAUUAUUGGAGACAUGGUUACAAUGCUACUGAUAAGUAUGGUACUUUGCCUAUAACUCAAAGAGGAGAUGACAAAGUUAGCAAUUUGUUUAAUGAUGAUAAUGUAUAUUCUUGUUCUAUCAUGUAA